CCUCUUUUCCUUUCAUUUUGAGCGAAUCUACAUUCGUCACUCCCUACCUCAAAAAAAUUAUAUAUGGAACAAUUUUAUUUAAUUUUACCUUUCUUACUUUCUGUUUGGACGACGAGUUUUAUUAGGCUCUCUCGCCGUCGCAAUUUUCCGAACCUAAUUCUGAUCAGGGACAUAUUCGAGGAAUUAAGGGUUCCAAGGAAGUUGGAAACAGCAAUGGGACAUCGUAUCAUAAGAGGAAAAUAUGAUGGACAGUGAAGUUGGUCAUAAUCCAAAGCAGGAACGUUCAAGGACAAGGUGGACGGCAUCCCUUGAUAAGAUAUUUGCAGACUUGGUUGUGAGGCAGAUUCAACUGGGGAACAGACCAAACAAUGUUUUUGACAAGAAAACGUGGAAUAUCAUUCGUGAGGAUUUUAAUGAGCAAACAGACCUCAAUUUCAAUAACAAUCAAUUGAGGAAGCACCUGGAUGUUCUGCGGACACGCUUCCAUAAUCUGAAGUCAGUUUUAUAUCAAAAUAAUGACUUUGCUUUGGACGAUUCUUGUUGCAUUGGUUUUGAUCUGUGGGAAAACAUUGGGGCACAGACUAGGCCUGAAAUGAUCAGAGUCAAGGACUGUCCCAUAUAUGAGCAGCUAUGUGCAAUCUUCAUAGAUUCAGCAGCUGAAGGGAAAUAUGCACAAUCCAGUCACUAUGAAGAGCUGGAAAAGUCUGCUGGAAUGGAUUCUGCAGGACUAAUUUCAUGUCAAGAUGGUGGAAUCCCAUGUUCUACAAAUCCAUCAUCAUCAUUAAUACAUGUGCAAGGAAACAUGUCAGCAGAAAAGGUAAUCAAGAAUAUUGCACAGAGAAAAAGGAAAGGUCCAUCUGAGACACAUUCUCUUUUGGGUCAAGAGAUCUAUGAUACCAUGGCAGAAGCCUUGUCGGAAAUGGUUGCUUCUUUGAAGUCGAGGGCAGUUGUGAAUACAUCCAGUGACGAUCGAUUUAGUAUAACUAAUUGCAUUAGGGCACUGGAUGAGAUACAGGACAUUGAGGAGCGGCUCUAUUUUGCUGCGUUGGACCUCUUUGAGGACCCCAGUUUAAGGGAGACAUUCAUAUCUCUGAAAGGCGAAAAGAUCCGGCUGGCAUGGUUGCAGGGCAAGCGUGGUAAAGCAACAGUUAGUUUGCAUGACUUUUGGCUAAGUGGGGAAAUGUAAAUGUCGCCUUCACUAAUAUGGUAUAUACUCUAGCGCACUAGGUUGUUCAUAUAAUUUCUUCCAUUUUUUGGGUUGAAAUAGUUCCUUUUUAAUACUAAUCUCACAUUUUCUCACAUGGUUUUGUUCAUAAUUGAUUUCAUGAUCAUGGAUAAGAUGAUGAUGCAGUGAGUGUUCUGUAUCCUAUUUAUGUAUAGAAUUGGAUGUGUUAAUAUUGCUGCCAGUGUAAUUUUAUGAUUGUGUUUGCCUUGAAAUAAA